AUGGAUCAUCCAACCUUCUUUCUCGUACUCUCGUUCCUUUUAACAUGUUUCUAUGCCCUCACCGUCUUCCGCCGCCGCAACUCGCGGCUUCCGCCGGGACCUUUCCCUUUGCCGGUCAUCGGAAACCUUUUACAAGUCAAUCCCGACAAACCCCACCGCUCUCUCGCCACACUCUCCAAACGUUACGGUCCUUUCAUGUCGCUUAAGCUCGGAAGUAGAACAACCAUUGUCAUUUCAUCACCCAAUCUUGCCAAAGAAUUCUUUCUCACACAUGAUAUGUCGUUUUCUAGCCGAUCACUUCCCGACACCGCCCGCGUGGUGGACCAUGAUAAAUACUCCGUAGCCUGGUUGUCGGUCGGAGAUCAAUGGCGAAGACAACGACGACUACUUAAAGAAUACUUGUACCCCGUGCAACGUCUAGAAGCCAUCGACCUCCUACUAGGGAAGAAGGUACAAGAACUUCUUGAUCAUGUUAACCAAUGUUGUAAACAUGAAAAGCCCGUAAACAUAGGCGCAGCUAUGUUUACGACACUACUCAACAUUAUCUCCAAUUUAGUGUGCUCUAUGGAUUUCGCUCAAUAUGACUCUGCGACGUCGCAAGAAUUCAAGGAGGCGGUAUGUGGUUUGAUGGAAAUUGCGGGGAAGCCUAAUAUUGCGGACUUUUUCCCAAUACUUAAAUUGUUCGAUCCACAAGGGUUAAUACGGCGUGGAAAUGUUUAUGGUAAGAAGUUGCUAGCUAUUCUUGAUCAAAUCAUUGAUCAACGGAUUCACACAAGAUCGAGUUCAUCAUCAUGUGAUGGUGUUUCAUCUACAAACAAUGAUAUUUUGGACUCGCUGCUCGACCUCAACCUAAAAGGGAGAUCCGAAUCGCUUAGUCGAGAUGACAUGAAACACUGGGUUAUGGAUUUAUUUAUUGGAGGAACUGAUACGACAUCAACCACGUUGGAAUGGGCAAUGGCCGAGCUUAUUCGUAACCCGGGAAAAAAGGAAACGGCUCGAUUGGAGGUAAUUAACCUCAUGCAAAACAUCAACAGAAACAUUCAAGAACCAGAUAUCAAUCAACUCCCUUACCUACAAGCUGUUAUAAAAGAAACUCUCAGGUUGCAUCCUCCUGCCCCACUUCUUGUCCCUCACCAAGCCAUGCAGGACGUAAAUGUCCAAGGUUUCACCGUGCCUAAAAACGCACAGAUUCUUUGUAACAUUUGGGGAAUGGGACGAGACCCGAGCAUUUGGUCUAACCCAGAAACGUUCAUGCCAGAGAGAUUUUUGGAAGCUGAUAUCAGCUACAAAGGCCAAGAUUUCGAGUUCAUUCCAUUUGGUACCGGAAGGAGGAUUUGUCCCGGAAUGAAUGUUGCUCAUAGAGUGUUACCUUUAGUUUUAGGCUCAUUGAUCCAAAAGUUUGAUUGGAAGCUUGAAGGGAACAAAAGAGUACAAGAUUUGGACAUGGAAGAGAAGUUUGGGCUCUCUUUGCCAAGAAGAGUACCCCUCAUGGCCAUUCCAAUCAAACCCUAA